AGUCGGGCAAUAGUCGUGCCACAUCCCCUUAAGGCCUCAGUAGUCAGAUCUGAGCUGUAAUCAAAGUAGGCAGGUCGAACUUUAUUAUCAAACACUCAAUACCAGCUGCAGGAUCAGCCGCCUCCAAAGGACAGCACGCAUGAGGGAGAGUUUUAAUGUCCAAACAUGGUGCCAGGCAUGCUGUGACUUCAGCUGGCUCUUAAGGAUUAACAGGAAGCUCUUUAGGCUUAAUAUUUGGAUUUGAAUUUGAAGACUUGGGACUGCUACUAGUGUACAGAACUGAAUCUGAUGACUUGACAAAGGACUUGGAAUCUUUCAGACCUCCUGAACAUCUGUGGCCAGCACAUCAGUCUGGGUCUGUCCACUCACGAUUUCAGUGUGUUGCACUCAGCAAGGCAGCAGCUCCAACAAACCCAGGUUGUGAGGACACUAAAGGUCACUGACCUCUUUGGACCAAAGUGGUCCCACUAUGGGGAAGACUGGGCAGAGCACAGUAGACUUAAACUCCCCAUCAGAGGUCAAAGAAGCUGUCCCAUCUGAGGAACUGGAUCCCACGGCCCCUCAUCCAGACGAGACAGAGAAAGAUGUGGUCCUGCCCGACAGGGGAAGCUGGAAGGGGAAGUUUGAUUUCCUGCUGUCAUGUGUGGGAUAUGCCAUUGGUUUAGGGAAUGUCUGGAGGUUCCCUUAUUUGUGUGGCAAGAAUGGUGGAGGUGCCUUCUUGAUCCCAUAUUUCAUGACCUUGGUGUUUGCUGGGAUACCGCUCUUUUUCCUGGAGACUGCUCUAGGACAGUUCACCUCAGUGGGCGGAUUAGGAGUGUGGAGACUUAUCCCCAUGAUGAAAGGUGUUGGUCUGGCUGCAGUCGUCCUGUCUUUCUGGCUAAACAUCUACUACAUCAUCAUCAUUGCUUGGGCUCUCUAUUACUUUUUCAAUUCCUUUGGUUCGGAGCUGCCUUGGCAGAGCUGCAACAACUCCUGGAACACAGAAAAGUGUUUCUCCAACUACAGCCUGCCAGACACCACCAACCUGACCAGCGCUGUCACAGAGUUCUGGGAGCGUAACAUGCAUCAGCUGUCAGGUGGACUGGAGGAGCCGGGAGAGCUUCGGUGGCCCUUGGUGGGCACUUUAGCUCUGGCGUGGAUCCUUGUCUACUUCUCAAUCUGGAAAGGAGUGGAGUGGACAGGAAAGGUGGUUUAUUUUUCAGCCACCUACCCUUACUUUAUGCUGUUCAUCCUGUUCUUCCGUGGGGUCACUCUUCCAGGAGCUAUCGAUGGUAUCCUUUUCUACAUCACCCCCGACUUCAAUAAGCUCAUGCGAUCUGAGGUGUGGCUGGAUGCAGCGACUCAGAUCUUUUUUUCCUACGGAUUGGGCCUGGGUUCGCUUAUUGCACUGGGAAGCUACAACACCUUUAACAAUGAUGUCUACAAGGACUCUAUAAUUGUGUGCUGCAUCAACUCCUGCACCAGCAUGUUUGCUGGAUUUGUCAUCUUCUCCAUUGUGGGCUUUAUGUCCCACAUUACUAAGAAACCUGUGCAAGAAUUGGCAGCAUCAGGUCCAGGUUUGGCAUUUUUAGCCUAUCCUCAGGCUGUCACCCAGCUUCCCAUGUCCUCUCUAUGGGCCAUCCUCUUUUUCUCAAUGCUCAUGAUGCUUGGCCUGGACAGCCAGUUUUGCACAGUCGAAGGUUUCAUCACAGCUCUGGUGGACGAGUAUCCUUUGGUGCUGAGGAGGAGGAAGAAGGUCUUCAUCCUCAUUAUUUGCUUCAUCUCCUUCACCAUUGGCUUCUCCAAUAUUACACAGGGUGGUCUCUAUGUCUUCAAGCUGUUUGAUUACUAUUCUGCCAGUGGGAUGUGUCUCCUCUUCCUUGUCUUCUUUGAAACCAUUUCCAUAUCCUGGUUUUAUGGAGCUGAGAGAUUCUACAAGAACAUCGAGGAUAUGAUUGGCUAUCGGCCGUGUGUUUGGUGGAAGCUUUGUUGGCUUUUCUUCACGCCGCUGAUCUGCCUGGGGGUGUUUACUUUUAGUGCCAUUGAGAUGACCCCUCUGACCCUGGGAAAGUACGUUUUUCCUAUGUGGGGCCAAGUGAUUGGAUGGUGCAUGGCAUUGUCGUCAAUGAUACUCAUCCCAGGAUAUGUCAUCUACAUGUUCUGCACCACAAAGGGCAACAUCAAACAGCGUUGGCAGAGGAUGACAUCCACUCAGGAGGAUGAGAAGCCAUCAGAGCAUGAAGAUUUAACACACACAGGAAGCGUGGGUGAAGCUCCCGUCUAGCCAGGACUGCUCAGGUUUAAAUGAUCUGACUGGCUGGACUUAAUGUGGGUGGAAAAUAUAACAAAUGGGAGAAUGAAAUUAUUUGAGGAAAAUCACUUUACUAGUUUGAUUCCAGCUGACAGUGGGGUUAAAAACUUUUGAUAAAUGUAUAAAAAUGUUCCUUUUAUUGGUAAAGAAACAGAUCAUCAUUGUAGUUAAAAUGAGCCUGUUAUUAAAGUAAAUUCUCAUUA